CCGGGACGUCAGCGCUCUGUUUAGCUCGUCCGUGUACUGUAACGCCGGACAUUUCUUGUGGAAAUCUUGAGACAGAAAAAAAACCCAGACCAUAAACGAAAGAGAGACUCUUCAGUUGGCAAUUUGACGGGUUGGGACCCUCUAACCCACGACAACCCACCAUGCCCCUGGUCACGAGGAAUAUAGAGCCGCGGCAUGUGUGUCGCCAGACCAUCCCUUCCAACAUCCGCAGUGAGCUGGAAUGUGUCACCAAUAUCAGCUUGGCCAACAUCAUCCGUCAGCUCGGCAGCCUCAGUAAAUAUGCAGAGGAUGUGUUCGGGGAGCUGUUUGUCCAGGCUGGAGCAUUUGCCCUGAGAGUUAAUACACUGGGAGAAAGAGUGGAUCGUCUGCAGGUUAAAGUCACCCAGCUGGACCCCAAAGAGGAGGAGGUCUCUCUGCAGGCCAUCACUACCCGCAAGGCCUUCCGCAGCAGUCUGACCCAGGACCAGCAGCUGUUCACCAGGCCGUCUCUGCCAAUGCCUGUACAGGACACAUACUCGACCUGCAAUCCGCCCCCACCUCUCAACUACCUCAGCCAAUACCGGGACGAUGGGAAGGAGGCCCUGAAGUUUUACACUGAUCCCUCCUACUUCUUUGAACUGUGGAAGGAGAAGAUGCUGCAGGACACCAAGGACAUCAUGAAGGAGAGACGCAAGCACAGAAAGGAGAAGAAAGACCAUCUUAACCAACGGACACUCAAUCCACGAAAGAUCAAGACCAGGAAGGAUGAAUGGGAACGCCGAAAGAUGGGGGCGGAGUUUGUGGAGCCGAAGAAUGAUUUGAUGAAUUCUUCUGAGGGCCUAAAUGGCAGCAUUGGAUCUGGAGAUGGCUUUACUUCUGAAGGCCUCGAGAUGAGUACCAGCUCCUACGCCUAUGAACCCGGCUCCCCUCUCUCUCCGCCUGGCACUGAUGACUUCCUGCCUCCUCCACCUCCAGACAUGGCGUAUAAUGGCGGAGGAUACGGAGUUCCAACCCCGAAGAGUCCAAACCACCCACCUCCUGCUCCGCCCAUUGUCUCUCCCAACUCUCGCCCCAACAUUGCCCCUCCCCCUGCACCUCCUCCCCCUCCUCCACCCUCUGGCUUGGGGUCCCCCCCACCUCCCCCUGGCUUCGACAGCCCACCUUCCCCUCCUCCGUUCUCCUCCACUCCCUCUGCCUAUCCCUCCCCACCUGCUCCCCCUCCUCCACCUGCUAUGUCCAGUGUUCCUCCUCCUCCACCCCCACCCAUGCCUGUUGGUGGUGGUGGUCCACCCCCUCCUCCUCCUCCUCCUCCACCUCCCCCCGGCCCUCCUCCCUCAUCUUUUGACCACUCUGCUCCCCCUCCACCCUCCAGUGGUGGGGCGCAACCCAGCUCUGCUCCAAAACCUGAGCCAGAGCCCGCUGAUGACUCUCGCACUGACCUGCUGCAGGCCAUCCGACAAGGUUUCAACCUGCGUAAGACGGAGGCACAGCGGGAGCAGGAGAAGAGGGAUCACUUCGGCAACGACGUGGCUGCCAUCCUGUCCCGUCGUAUCGCUGUAGAGUGCAGCGACAGCGAGGAUGACUCCUCAGAGUUUGACGAUGAAGAGUGGUCCGAGUAAUAGUCACCUUCACAAGCACCUCUGCAUCUUUCUUCAGCCUUAAACAAAAUCCUUGUAUUUCCAUUCAAAUCACAUUCUUAAGUAGGAGUAAAGCACACACUCUGUGUGUGUCAGAGUUUGAGUGUGUUACGCACACAUAGUAUGUGCAAGUGACUUGUUACAAAUCACAUUCCUUGAACCAUUUAUUUUUAUUUAUCCAACAUUAUUCCGAUCAGUGCAAAAGUCCAAAGAUGGAGUGUGAGUGUGACUGGUUGUGUCCCCAUUUGCUUUUAUUGAAUGACACAGAGCUGUUAUUGAUGUGAGUGUUAUAUGACGUGACGCACGUCUCUCUGCUGAGUCUGUGCGUAAACAGAUCAACUCUGUAUUUAUCUUAGUCUCUAUCACAAUCAGGUGCCUUCUGCUUUAGGCUAAAUCUCUGGUUUUAUCUUUUUAAGCAUAUUAUGGCAAAGGAUAAUGGAGAGGGAGCACUAUCUGUAUGUGCUCAGCAGAAAGACACAAAGUGUUGACGUCAAAACAUUCUCACUCACUCAUAGAUUAUAUGAUAAAGUAAUUGUAAAGUUAAUGUAACAUAUUGAAUCAUAUCUAAAGAUAAUUAUGCAAUCCUUUCAUAUCCCUUUUAAAGCACCAUUUUUUAAUAACUUUUCCUUUCUUCGCUUUUGUAUUCUGUCUUCUUUGUUUCUGUGGUUGUCAUUGGAACAAUUCACUUGUGGAUAAGACGUGGUUGUAGUUUCUAAACAAAUUCAUGAAUCAAUUAUUCAGCGUGAUACAGAAAGCAUUGGCUCAUGGCAGACACCUGGGGUGUUUGAUGAGAUCACCAUAUUGAUCAUAUGCAGACAUUUAACACAGAUGAUUCAUUUUGUGUUUUGUUUGAGCUCCGUUCCACAUUUCUUCCUGCAGAUUUUCUUUUUAACUGUCCUGGGGAUUAACUAGGCUCUGAUGCUUUAUUCAUUGCUCUGUGUAAACUCCGGCAGCAUUUAGCCUGCUGCCUGAUAAGUGCCUUUUUUAUACUGCAUUCACUGUCGUUGCAAGUUUUUUUUGGUUAUCCACACUGGCCACUGAUCAGCUUCUUCCAAAAAUAAUAUCGGCUCUCGACGACGGGUCAAAUGUUGAACUGACUGAUGUUAAGUGUGGACCACAUGUUUCUUAAGUGCCUUUUAUUUUAAAUCUGACUGUGUUAAAGCACAAUCACACAGCAUGCUUUGCCAAAGCUUCUCCUGCCUUAAUUUUCCAUAUGAUUAUAGUUAUUUCAAUAAAGAUAGAGAG